AAAAAACGAAACGAAAACAACGAGACACAUCGCAGUAACUUAUCAGAAUUUGAAAAGCAAGGACCAAUAACACGUAGUAGUGUGUAGAAAACGAAACGAAAACGAACACGAGAACAAAAGGACCAAAAUAUUAUGUUGCUGUUACAAAAAUACGUCGCAUUGCAACGAUUGGCUGCUACGGUUGCUGCUACUGGAACUGGAGCCAAUUCAACGCGGCUACAACAAAUUAGACACAAGACAUACUAUCGAACUGGAGCGUUUAAGCCAAUGCCACCGAUUUCAUCGUUCGGAAUCAUUGGAAUUGUGUGCUCGGUGGUGCCUGGCUUAUUUAUCGGUGCCGCGAUUAGCAAAAGUGUAGCAAAUUUCCUUGAAGAAAACGAUCUAUUCGUUCCAUCGGACGAUGAUGAUGAUGAGGAUUAGAGUUAUUCGGGCCACACUGUGUGCAACACCUCACCACUUCGUUCCAACCUAGAAUCAAACCAAAUCAAGUGAUGAAUGACGAUGAACGUGUGAAAGAAUUGUCUUCUAUUUUUCAAUUAUUCAGCAGAUUCGGAUUUUUUCCCGUCUUAUUU